AUGCCUACCUGGCUGAAGCUACACCUGCCUCUCCCAUCAACCCUAUCCUCCCAUCAACCCCAUCCUCCCAUCAACCCCAUCCUCCCAACAACCCCAUCCUCCCAUCAACCCCAUCCUCCCAUCAACCCCAUCCUCCCAUCAACCCCAUCCUCCCAUCAACCCCAUCCUCCCAUCAACCCCAUCCUCCCAUCAACCCCAUCCUCCCAUCAACCCCAUCCUCCCAUCAACCCCAUCCUCCCAUCAACCCCAUCCUCCCAUCAACCCCAUCCUCCCAUCAACCCCAUCCUCCCAUCAACCCCAUCCUCCCAUCAACCCCAUCCUCCCAUCAACCCCAUCCUCCCAUCAACCCCAUCCUCCCAUCAACCCCAUCCUCCCAUCAACCCCAUCCUCCCAUCAACCCCAUCCUCCCAUCAACCCCAUCCUCCCAUCAACCCCAUCCUCCCUUCAACCCCAUCCUCCCAUCAACCCCAUCCUCCCAUCAACCCCAUCCUCCCAUCAACCCCAUCCUCCCAUCAACCCCAUCCUCCCAUCAACCCCAUCCUCCCAUCAACCCCAUCCUCCCAUCAACCCCAUCCUCCCAUCAACCCCAUCCUCCCAUCAACCCCAUCCUCCCUUCAACCCCAUCCUCCCAUCAACCCCAUCCUCCCAUCAACCCCAUCCUCCCAUCAACCCCAUCCUCCCAUCAACCCCAUCCUCCCAUCAACCCCAUCCUCCCAUCAACCCCAUCCUCCCAUCAACCCCAUCCUCCCUUCAACCCCAUCCUCCCAUCAACCCCAUCCUCCCAUCAACCCCAUCCUCCCAUCAACCCCAUCCUCCCAUCAACCCCAUCCUCCCAUCAACCCCAUCCUCCCAUCAACCCCAUCCUCCCAUCAACCCCAUCCUCCCAUCAACCCCAUCCUCCCAUCAACCCCAUCCUCCCAUCAACCCCAUCCUCCCAUCAACCCCAUCCCAUCCUCCCAUCAACCCCAUCCUCCCGUCAACCCCAUCCUCCGUCCUUCUUUCUCACUCACCUCGCCUCGCAGGUUCAUGGGCACGCCCCCACCUCGCCAUCAACGAGUGCAGCUCUCGCCCCGAGAGGGCACACCUUUGAGAAUUGACGCAGGUGCAGGGGCACGCCGCCCAUCACCAGCGAGUGCAGCUGCCAUGAACAUGCCUACAUGA